GCUCGUGGCCCAUGGGUUGCUGUAUCAAAAUGGACUGGCGGCCGCGGCCUCUCAGUGGUUCUUUCAGAGACACACCUCCUGCCAAGCCUUGACCUAGACCAGACUGCCCGUAUCCACUCGCGAGUCACUGCAGCGCUAGCAACCCAAUCAGGGACGUGGGGCCAGCCAUGGCAAGCUGAAGGCUCCCGCGGCUGCACACCAGGCCAGCUGAAAACACUGGAACUUGGCUCCCGAUCUGGAAACCCAAUCUGA